GACUCACCGACUGCCGACCGUUCAUUCCGCGUCCGUCCGCCGUUCCUGUCGCUCGUACAUUUUUUUUUUUUUUUGUCGCUCUUGUCGAUAUCGCGCGUCCGUUUCAAGUGUUCGGUGUUUGUCUUCGUGUGUUGGCCACGUAAAACCGACACGAACGAUCGAUCGUCAUUCGUCGCUUUCUCUUUCGUUCUGCCCAACGUUUUUUCCGACCUUUCGUGUCUCCGUUGCAGCCGCACGAAGUGAUCGGCUGAAAAAUCGUCGACCGUCGCGUACUUGCGCCGUUUCCCGUUCGGCGUACGCUCAAACCGACAACAAGUUUUUUCUCACCAUCCGUCAUCAUGUCCACAACGCCGAAGUCUCUGCCCGAGGAAUCGCUUGGCGAAUCUUGGGUUGAUAUCACUAGCUGUGCAUCUCCGAUAUCUUUCCAGAGCGCCGACCGUGUCACUCCUGUGCCUUUCAUCUCAUCAUCCGGCGACGAAUACCUGAGAUUGUUGAGAGAGGCUCAAAGGGAAAGUAACUCUUCGUCCAGGGUCUUGUCCAAAGAAUCGUCCAUAAAGGGCAGUCCGAAAUCUCCACCUAACAGUCCAAAUAAUGAAUUGGAAGAUGAUCUCAGGGGUGUGUACAUAAAUUACUCAAACAGAGGCGGGGAGUUAUACAACUUGGAUAAGAGUACUGAUUGGAUUUGGGAUUGGAGUAGCCGACCAGACCAGGCACCUCCCAAAAACUGGAAAUUUAUUCAUCCCAAGAAGAAGACAUACAGUAUGCGCAAUGCCAAGGUUGGUAAAGACGGUCUCUUUUCUAAAGAAGUAUUGUACACUUUGUUCCUGACCAAUAUUUUAUCCAUACUAUUGGGAGCUGGCGUUGGUGCUUGGCUAUGUAAACGAGGCGGUAUUAUGAUGUCUAGAGUGACUUUGGAAUAAACUGUCUGUGGAAUGUAAUAUAUGCACAUAGACAUGCACAAAAAAAAACAAGAAUAAAUGUUGUCAAUUCGUUGUCUUUUUAAGUCUGAAAUUCAAAAAUGCAUGUCACAUUAUUUUCAAAAACAACCCACAAAAUAUUCCUUUUUGUAAUAUUAUAUUUAUGAAUUUAUGAUAUAGUUUAAGUUUUUAUUAAUUUUAAGAUGAUUAUUAUUAAUUUGACACAUUAUAUUAGGAAAUAUAUCUAAUAUUUAUUAUUAUGAUAUACAAUUUAACCUACAAAAACUUCUCAAAUAAAUUUUGUUAGGUACUCUUGAUUAUAUUAAUCCUUUUUCAUUUAACUUUUCUUAUUCUCAAUAAAAACUUGAUAAUUUCCAGUACCUUUAAACAUAUUAAACAGCAUGCAUGUAUGUACUCAAGAAAAUUAUACAUUACUAUUGUUAUUAAGUAUAAUUAUAAUAUUAACAAUAAUAAAAUCAACUUAAUUUUUAUAUAAAAGCCAUUUAACUAGAGUUUACAUUUCCCAUAUUAAAGCAAUUUUUUUUUAAUUAUCAGUCAAACCAGCAAGCUUUAAACCCUCCAAGUAGAAAAAAACUUGGGUUAAGACUAAAUUUUUUGAAAAAUUAAACAAAAGGUAUAAAUACAAACUUUUACUGACUAUGUGAGAAUAUAAAUUUAGUACCGUUGUGAUAAGUCUGUUCAAUUUAUUUUUAUUGUUUAUUAUUUUUUAUAUAUAUAUAUAAUAUAAUAUAUUCUCUUAUUUAUGAUAUUUUGUGUGUAUUCAAUGUAAAAUUACACAAUUUUGUUUGUAUGUUUUGUAAUAAGUUGGAUUUUUUUUUUUUUACAUUAGCCAGUAUACUUCAUUGUCGGCCAAUGUGUCACUUUGUAAGGUAACUUCAUGUUAAAUGAGGACCUGGCUUAUCCUUUUGUUACCCAAAUGAUAAGCUCAUUUUGUGGUUAUUAAAUACUUUUUUUUUAUUAUUAUAAAUUAGUAGUUUAAUGGAACAUUAAGUUGAUAUAGAUUAACAACUUAAAUUAAAACAAAAAAAAAAAAAAAAUAAAUAUUGUGUAAUGUAUUUAUCUGUACCAAUCACAUAUUUUUACAAUAUAUAUUUACAUAUUAUUAUUAUAUGAAAAUGAUAUUACAUGUAUGGUUUUUUUCCAAUAAACGUGAACAUAUUAA